GAUUCGUCCUCAGCUGGCCAAAGAAAAGAUCGAGGGAUGUCACAUCUGUACGUAUGUGAUGCCUGGAGAGCCACAGGUGGUCCUGGGUAAAGACAAGGCUUUUACCUAUGACUAUGUCUUUGACAUGGACUCCCACCAGGAGAACCUCUACACCCACUGCACCGAGAGUCUCAUCGAGGGCUGCUUUGAGGGCUACAACGCCACCAUCUUUGCUUAUGGACAGACGGGUUCGGGGAAGACCUACACCAUGGGAACCGGCUUUGACGUCAACAUUGGAGAGGAUGAGCUGGGUAUCAUUCCCCGCGCCGUCAAACACCUGUUCAGAGGCAUCGAAGAGCGGAGACAGGCCGCCACGGAGCAGGGCAAACCAGUUCCCGAGUUCAAGAUCAACGCACAGUUCCUGGAGCUGUACAAUGAGGAGGUGCUGGACUUGUUCGACUCAACACGGGACAUCGAGACCCGGAAACAGAAGUCCAAUAUCAAGAUCCACGAGGACGCCAACGGAGGCAUCUACACCGUGGGAGUCACGACACGCACUGUGACCUCUGCAGCUGAGGUCGGCUUUAGCGCAGCAAAGUUUUAUUUUGCACCAACACCAUAUGUGUUCCGUAUUAUAACAUAACCAUACUGUAGCAAGAA